CACCAUAGUGUGUUUCAGUCUAUUUAGAUCAAAGCGAAACAAGAAGAAAUGCUCUGCCUCAGGGGUUUCAGUGUUUUCCUCUCAUGUGUUGUCCUUCUCAUUGUUCAGUCAAGUCGUGGUUCUGAGAUCAUUGGAGGUAAUGAAGUGCAGCCACACUCGCUGCCUUACAUGGCUCUGCUGGAGAGUGACAAACCGAUAUGUGGAGGGGUACUAAUUGAUCAAGCAUGGGUCCUGACUGCUGCACACUGUCCUAGCAUUAAGAAGGUGUUGCUGGGGGUGCACUCCAUCAAAGCAGAUGAAAAAGAUUUCCGACAGGUCCGAAAGGUGAAAAAAAGUUUGCCUCAUCCCUGCUAUGAUGGCACGGACAAGGUCAAUGACCUCAUGUUACUCAAGCUGGACAAGAAAGUGAAAAAAACCAAAGCUGUAAACUGGCUCACGCUGCCCAAAACCAGUAAGGAGCCGAAAGCUGGCAGCGUCUGUGUGGUGGCUGGAUGGGGAACUACUAAAAACAAUGUCAAUCGAAUGUCAGAUGUCCUGAGGUCUGUCAAUGUUACAGUGAUUGACAGAGUGACGUGCAACUCAGCUGAUUAUUACAGCCUCAAUCCUGUUAUCACCAGCAGCAUGAUAUGUGCUGGUUCGAAUGGUAGAAACACAGCUGAUACCUGUCAGGGGGAUUCAGGAGGACCUCUCAUGUGCAAUGGUGUGCUAGCUGGAAUCACUUCCUUUGGACGGAUGUGCGGUCUCAUUAAAAAACCCGGAGUUUACUCUUUUCUGUCAGAAAAACAACUCAAGUGGAUCAAAAAUACAAUGAAGGGAUCUAAAAUAGAAUGAGUUCUCUGAAUCAUUCCUGCUUCCAUCUUUAAAUUAAAGAGGGAUACUAAGUUCAGUUGUGUUAUUUUGCCACCACGAGUCUACAUUUAUAUCUGUCUAUAUUUAUGAUUUUAGGGAUGAUGUUAAAGCAGAGUGUUACUGAACGUUUGUUGUAAAUCAGUGGUUGUCAACCUGUAGAAAUAUGGUGUGAAAUUCAGUUGACUGAUAGAAGUGUACUUUUCUGUAAUGUACUUUUGUUUUGCAUUAGUAACCAAUGGUCUGGGUUACUAAAUGUAGAAAAAGCAAGCACACCAAGAAUCAGAUGCCAUAUUGAGAUAAGAGUGUCUAGAUAAAUGUCUUGCAAAGACAAAGUUAUGUCCUGUUUAUGUACUUUAUGGUUAAAUGUAUUUCUGUUUUUAUAUUACUGUGAAGCAC